CUCACAAGUUUGUCUGCUGAAGAAUCUUUGACUGCUCUAUGUUCUUGUUGCAUUGUCAGCUACGGAAUCGAAAACUAAUGUUUGAUGGGACAUGGAUGCCGAAAACAGAGUUGAGGUCUCUGUGUUGGACGUUUCUCACAACUGCAACAAGACGAAAGUAUCAGUUUUUUCCAUAUUCGGUCUUGAUAAUAGUCAUGACGACUGUAAUUUUAAACGGAAUGACUUGCUUGAGGGGUUAAGUCUUGAGAAUCUUCGAUUUGUUAGUGGUUUUCCGACACCUAACCUCGUUCUUAAAAUAACAAACCAAGCAAUAUUAUUCAACUUAGAAGAUACUCGCGGAACAAUACUUCGUGACAGAAUUUACAUUUUGCAAGAUUCUGACGAAGUCUUUGGUUCUCUUUUGGAAUAUUUGAAGGAGAAGCUAUCCCGUUGUUGUGAUCCCGAUUGGUUGAAGCUUUACUUUCCUCUGAUGGCAAUGUACUAUAUUACAGAACAUUAUUGUGACUAUACAUCCUUGACUUUGAAACAACAACGAAAUAUCUUUGAAGAUAGCAAAAGAGUUUUGGAGGAUAGUUUUUCUGGCAAAUCUUUGCUUUAUUUAAGAGAAGCAAGACAAGGAGUUGAGAGAAUAACUAAGAAACUAGAUCACAUAGCGAACAACUUUGCAUCUUGCUUUGCUUCCGAGACUUGUGGCUUUCUUUUGGGAGCGAACCCUGCUUGGUCUAUCGUUACUGAAGUUUAUGUUGAAGAGAUUCUAAAACUUUUAAGAAAAACUCAACUUGAAGGGCACGUUUUACUAGAAAACUGCAGAAGCUUGGAACUUGGAUAUACUUCUAUGCUUGAAGCUGACUUUGUUCGAUUGCUAAGUUCUUUUCUGUUUUCACGUUUUUUGGUUUGCCUCUUUGCAUUUUACACUAUGCUUAUCGAGUUUUUUCACUCCAAUUUUUUCAAGCCUUCUCCUUCUAGUGCUUUAACUGCAGGUUUCGUCGUUCUUGUAUGUGGUAUAUAUAUUUCUGCAUUUUUAGCUAUAUAUAUUUUCCAGCGGUGGCUCACGAGAAAGAAGUUUAGCGUACUUUUCCUAUAAAGGCUCAGUCAUUUUUACUGA